CAACAAGCUCCUCCCGCCCAGCGCCCAUUGGUCUGCCCGUAGAGCGGGGUUUAGCGCCAAUUGCGUGACGUCGGGAUCUCGAAGCACAUUGCUGCGCGUGAUGUCUGAUUGGGAGGACGAAGACAGUGGGUCCCGCGGGACUCCUACCAAACAAACGUGGGCUCCAUCGUCCCAGCAACGCUAUGACAGCCGCGAUAGCGGGGGGUCGUUUCGGUCUGGAGAAAGGGGGCCGGGGGCCCGGAGCUGGCAGGGCCAUGAGGGUGAAGGUAGAGACCAAGGUCGUAGGGGUGAAGGUGGCGCUAGAGGGCGCCGCUGGGAGAGCGCAUCGGAAAGAGGCCCGGGGUGCCUGGAAUUCCGGAGGAGAGACCCGGGGGCAGGCCCCAGAGGGGAACCCUUGUGUUUUCGUCUGGACAGCUCAGUGAUUGGUCAAGUAAUCGGUCGUGGAGGAUCUAAAAUAAAAGAAUUAGAAGAAGCAUCAGGUUCAAGAAUAAAGAUUAUAAAAGAAGAUUAUGACACUGAGGUAAAGAUAUUUGGAAGCAGUGAGCAACAAGAUAAAGCCAAAGAAUUGAUAAACGUGAUUGUAGAGAAAUGUGAUAGAGGAGAAAAAGGAUUUGGCUACAGGGAUGGUUGUCCUUCCAGUUCUUCUGGGCCAACACUUGAAGACAGGCCUACAAUAAAUUGGGGUAUGCUUCGAGAAAAUAAAGCCAAAUAUGAAGCAAUGAAGUGGGCUGAUAUGCCUCCAAUUGAAAAGGCUUUCUAUCAAGAAUCUCCAAGUGUAGCCUCAAUGUCUGAAGAAGAGGUGGCAACAUGGAGGAAGGAAAAUAAUAACAUUAUUUGUAAAGACUUGAAAGAUGGUGGAAAAAGACAAUUUCCAAACCCCAUCCGCACUUUUCAAGAAGCAUUUCUUCCUUUCCCAGAAGUUAUGACUGCAAUAAAAAAUGCUGGGUUUGAACGACCUUCCCCGAUUCAGUCACAGGCAUGGCCAAUAAUUCUUCAAGGAUUAGAUCUCAUUGGGAUUGCACAAACUGGCACUGGAAAAACUCUAGCCUACUUACUACCUGGGUUCAUUCACUUAGAUCUUCAACCAGUGUAUAAGAUAUACCAGGAUGUUUGGAAAUCAAAAUACGAACCAGUCAGCAAAACCAUCAGUCACUUCUGGUUCAUGUGUUUAUAUAUUCUGGAAUUUUCUGGUGCAGACAUGGCAUCUGAUUUACAGUAUGGAGCAGCAGGAAGACCCAGAAAUAAACGUGAGGGACCUGGUAUGCUGGUUCUGGCACCAACUCGAGAAUUAGCUCUUCAAGUUAAGGCAGAGUGUUCCAAGUAUAAAUACAAAGGAUUUGAAAGCAUUUGCAUUUAUGGCGGUGGGGACCGUAAAGGCCAAAUAAAUGUUGUUGCAAAGGGAGUGGAUAUAAUCAUUGCUACUCCUGGAAGACUGAAUGAUCUACAAAUGAACAACUAUGUUACUUUAAAAAGUAUAACUUAUUUGGUUUUGGAUGAAGCUGACAGGAUGCUAGAUAUGGGGUUUGAACCCCAGAUCAUGAAGAUACUGAUUGACAUUCGACCCGACAGACAAACUGUAAUGACAAGUCGAGCACUCCAGGACCCAGCAGAGCAUGGCUCAAAGCAUCUCACUGCCUCCUCCCAUAGUGCAUCAUGGUGCCAUCCCUUUCCCAGUGCCACUUGGCCAGAUGGUGUUCGCCGUUUAGCCCGAACUUACUUGAAAGAUCCAUUGAUGGUUUACGUUGGAACUCUUGAUUUGGCUGCUGUUAAUACAGUAGAUCAGAGAGUUCUGGUGAUUCCAGAAGAAGAGAAAAGAGCUUUUACUCUCCAUUUAAUUGAUUCACUAAAACCUGAAGACAAAAUAUUAAUAUUUGUUGGGAAAAAAUUGGUUGCUGAUGAUUUGGCAAGUGACUUUAGUCUUCAGGGAAUCCCUGUUCAGUCAUUACAUGGCAAUAGAGAGCAAUGUGAUCGAGAACAGGCCCUGGAUGACUUCAAAAAGGGUGCAGUGAGAAUUUUAGUAGCUACUGAUUUAGCUUCUCGUGGGCUAGAUGUACAGGACAUUACUCAUGUUUUAAACUUCGAUUUUCCUCGUAACAUUGAAGAAUAUGUGCACAGAGUUGGUCGUACCGGGAGAGCUGGACGCUCAGGUGAAUCAAUUACUUUGGUAACAAGAAAAGAUUGGAGAGUUGCAGGAGAACUGAUUAGCAUAUUGGAACGUGCAAACCAAGAAGUUCCAGAAGAGCUGCUUGAAAUGGCAGAGAGGUAUGAACAAUUUAAGAAGAAGAAAGAAAGUGAGAGAGACCUGGUCCCCCGUAAAGGACGAUGGCGAGACGGCUAAUCUAGCCCAUUGAGACUCAUUCUUUGAAGGUGAACCAUUUUCGAUGAAUAAAGAACUUUAUCCAGAAUGACAACCUCAUUAACAAUGUUACUUUUCCAGUUUUGAAAAUUGUACCAAACAUUUCAGUAUUCUUCAUAUACCACUGUUGCAUAAGAAUGUGCCGUCAAUAAAGUUUUACAGUUACAUGGUA